AAGCGGAGGCGAGCAGCACAGCGCCAGCGCCGGCCAGCGGAGCGAGCGCCGGGACCGAGGAGCGAGCGGGCGAGGCGCGGGCGAGGCUGGGACCCGAGCGCGCUCUCUGCUCCGCCAAGUGCCAACUUCGCGCGGACUGGCUGGGCGCACACCUUCCCGCGGGGCAGUCAGCGCGAAUUUGAGAUUUUUAGGGAGGAAAGUCAUCUUCGCUCUGUCCCCUUUCCCUCGGGUUCAAAAUCCCCAUUAAAAAGCAAAACAACAGUUACAGCAAACUUGCUCUCAUCCCGCCGGCCCCCUCAACUCCGGGCACCAUGAAGGCGGCCGUCGAUCUCAAGCCGACUCUCACCAUCAUCAAGACAGAAAAAGUGGAUCUGGAGCUUUUCCCUUCCCCGGAUAUGGAAUGCGCGGAUGUUCCACUGUUAACUCCAAGCAGCAAAGAAAUGAUGUCCCAAGCCUUGAAAGCGACUUUCAGUGGUUUCACAAAAGAACAGCAGCGCCUGGGAAUCCCGAAAGACCCACGGCAGUGGACAGAAACCCAUGUUCGGGACUGGGUGAUGUGGGCUGUGAAUGAGUUCAGCCUGAAAGGUGUGGACUUCCAGAAGUUCUGUAUGAACGGAGCGGCACUGUGUGCCCUGGGUAAAGAAUGCUUCCUCGAGCUGGCUCCAGACUUUGUUGGGGACAUCCUCUGGGAACAUCUAGAGAUCCUGCAGAAAGAAGAUGUGAAACCCUAUCAGGUGAAUGGAGUCAACCCCACCUACCCAGAGUCCCGCUAUCCCUCGGAUUACUUCAUUAGCUAUGGUAUUGAGCAUGCGCAGUGUGUUCCUCCCUCAGAGUUCUCAGAGCCCAGCUUCAUCACAGAGUCCUAUCAGACGCUGCAUCCCAUCAGCUCAGAGGAACUCCUGUCCCUCAAGUAUGAGAAUGACUACCCUUCUGUCCUUCUCCGAGACCCUCUCCAGACAGACACCUUGCAGACAGACUACUUUGCCAUCAAGCAAGAAGUGUUAACUCCAGACAACAUGUGCAUGGGGAGGGCCAGUCGUGGUAAACUCGGGGGCCAGGACUCUUUUGAGAGCAUAGAGAGCUACGAUAGUUGUGACCGCCUCACCCAAUCCUGGAGCAGCCAGUCAUCUUUCAACAGCCUGCAGCGUGUCCCCUCCUAUGACAGCUUCGACUCCGAGGAUUAUCCCGCUGCCCUGCCCAACCACAAGCCCAAGGGCACCUUCAAGGACUAUGUGCGUGACCGCGCUGACCUCAACAAGGACAAACCUGUCAUUCCUGCUGCUGCCCUGGCUGGCUAUACAGGCAGUGGGCCGAUCCAGCUGUGGCAGUUUCUUCUGGAAUUACUCACUGAUAAGUCUUGUCAGUCUUUUAUCAGCUGGACAGGAGAUGGCUGGGAAUUCAAGCUUUCUGACCCAGAUGAGGUGGCCAGGAGAUGGGGAAAGAGGAAAAACAAACCUAAGAUGAAUUAUGAGAAACUGAGCCGUGGCCUCCGCUACUAUUAUGACAAAAAUAUCAUCCAUAAGACGGCGGGGAAACGCUACGUGUACCGCUUUGUCUGUGACCUGCAGAGCCUACUCGGAUACACCCCUGAGGAGCUGCAUGCCAUGUUGGAUGUAAAGCCAGACGCUGAUGAGUGAUGGACACAGAAGGGGCGGGGGAAACCCUGUUGAGACCUCUCAAAGGACAACCGUGUUGGUUGGACUCUUAAUUCUUAAUUGUUGUUCUAUGUUUUAUUUUCCAGAACUCAUUUUUCACAUUCAGGGGUGGGAGCUAAGGGAACUGCAGCUAUAUUCCAUUGGCCAUUGGCAAGGCUGGAAAGAGAAAGUCAGCACCGGUGGGGUGGGUGGGGCAAGAAGUUCCUGAGCAGCUUUUCAGGAAAGAGAAAAAGGUCUUCUCAGGAGCCUGAUGGACCUCGCUUGCAGGAGGAAGAAACUAAUGUAUCAAGUUAUCGUUUUGUUUUUUAAUCUAAGAAAAAUGUCCAUCCUGAGUUAUGGAUUUAUUAGUGGAGGAAUUGUCACAUCAAGAGUGAUGAGAUUGAUGGAAGUCCAUCAGUUUGGAGGGUGGGAUAAAAAGAGUUUUCUUCAGGGGAAUUACUAAACACAGGAAUUAUUAACCUUUCUACUUUUCGAAACAAAGGUGGACACCAGUGGAAGGGGUCCAGAACUGUUUUUAUGUUGAAGUUUAUUUUAUUAAAUUUUGUGCCAGUAUUUUUUUUCUUAAAAAAAAAAAAUCGUCUUAAGCUCUAAGGUGGUCUCAGUAUUGCAGUAUUGUGAGUUUGUUCUUGUUAUUUGCUGGCUGAGGAUUCUGUCACAGUGAAAGGCAACUGUUUAUAUAGACCCUAUUGGAAAAUCAAAGCUCUGAACUGAGAUCAGAGACCCAAAACUCAUCUGACUUAUAGCUAAAGGAAAGGAAUGCUGAUUUGGGGGCAGGAGAACUGUGCAUGUGAAUUCCACCUACAGUUUGUAAAAAAACCUUUUGAGGACUGUCAGGCUUUGGACUUAGUGCUAGAGGAGGGGCACUAAGCCUUUGCACUGAAUGUAUUUUGCAGCUCUGAUUUGGGACUGUUGUCAACAUAGGAACACUGUUAAAAAGCCUUGGAAAGGAAAUGGAAGGGGCAAAGAUCCACCUGGUUUGGGGUUAAAUCUCUACCUGAAACAGAUGACUCAGAAUAAAAGCUGUCUGCACGGGCAUUACCCGUCAGGUCUUAAGUAACCCUGAAUGCAUGCCACUCCAAACUAACGCUCUACAAUUUCUCCUCUGUGUCUUGUUUCCACGGUCUCCCACACUGCAGCCCCUCCCCCCCCACCCCCAGCCACACCUCAUUAUUCAGUAGAGUGGAAUGUAACGCUUUCUGAUAGGUGGAUGAAAGUGUAAUUUCAGACAUUGCAACAUGGAUCUAGAGAGUUCAGGCUUGCUGGGGUUCAGAGGCCACUGAAAUUAAGAGGGUACUUCAGUAGCACGUGUCUUGGCCUCCUUUGGGAAGGGGCUUUCCUUCGAAGAGCUUGUCAGGUAGGAUUUCAGGUGAGCCUGCAUGCAGAGGGAGUGGUAGAGAGUGCUGGAACCCCCAGCUUGACCUGUUAGCUUGGCAGAGGGCAAGUGAAGGUCAGCUGCAGACGAGGGAUGACUUAACGGAGAAAAUACAAGGGAAGGAGCUUGGCAAAGAUAUAAGGAGGCCCACGAUGUGUAAGUAUAUAUGCUUUGGUUUUUCUCAGAGUUUAAAUACAAAGAGUUAAUUGAGGCAGUCAUCUUCCUGCCGGUUGGGAGGGGACCUGGAAAUGAAGCACUGGGUGUAAACACAAAGCAAGGAAACGUGCCUGUUAUCAUUAGAAUCCCCUCCACUGUAUACAUGCCUGGGUGAGAUAGUAGACUUGCAUGAGAGAAAAGAGGCAGUUGAUUGAGAUGGGCAUCUCCAGGCUGACCCUUUUGGGGGAUUUAGCUAAGAAAAUGUAAUCAUAACUACCUUGUUUCAUCUUCAUGAGAAUUGAGGGGGUCGACUCCCAGAUUCUCUUGCAGACCUUGAAUUACUAAGAACACAACUCUUGUCCGUGGGUGUUCUGUGCUGAUGGAUUGCAGCAUCCACACAAGGAAAGCAAAGGCAAAACACCCCAGCUAUGUGUGUUGAUCUUACAGAUGCAGGUGCCUUAAUGAAGCUCUCAAAAUAUUUAGGAGCUGCUCAGGGAGUGCUAGGUGGGAUCGUUUUGGAUUGUGUUGCUUUCUCUUGAUUAUGUGGUCUUUGUUGGGCACUGGCAGUGUGUGUGUGUGUGUGUGUGUGUGUGUGUGUGUGUGUGUGUGUGUGUGUGUAUACAUGUCUGUAAAACUGCAGCUGAAAUAGUACUGAAUUUUCUGCUUAAAUCUGUUCACAUUUCUGUAAUGGUGAAAGAGUACAGCCAGGGCCAAUGUCAUUGCUUGCUGUUUGCAACAAGGCUUUUUAAAAACAUCACUUUCCCAAGACACCAUCCUUCCCUUUUAACACCUGCACUCCUGCAGAGAGACGGUGGAAGGAAGUGCCUUCCCAUACUCCUCAGCUUGCUCACUUGCCAGGAUGCCCUUUCUCCCUAGGUCCACCAUUUUCAGGAUUUGUAGAUAGUGUAUUAGUCAGACAGCUUUGUUGUCCAUCUGGCCAGAUGCUUUUCUCCCUUUUGUCCAAAGGCCAGAGACCAUCCCAGGAAGAGUGGUGGGUGGCAUAUACACUGGAAAUGUAGCAGCAUUGUUGCAUUGAUGCUCUUUAAACACAUUAACUUCCGAGGAAGGGGGAACAAAUCUGAUCUAGUGGGUGAUACACUUGCUUUCCCAGAGAGAUGCUUUAAGCUAUGUGGUUGGCUUUUGGCUCAGAGUCAGGGAUUGGGGGAGGAGCGGUGUUUCUCCCUACAUAGAGCUCUGAUUUUUUGUGGCCCUGGAGAUUGGUGGAAAGAUUCUAGAUCAGAGGCGCUCUUCCUCACUUUGGAGACCAACACUCUGGGUUUUAAAGCAUUAACCUUCAUGGUGAAAUCACACCUUCUGUCUUCUAGUCAUGCUGUGCAUGCUGCUUUCUCUGUUGGGGUCUAUAUAAAUUUGUUGAACUCUUACAUACAUUCCAAAGAAGUUUCAAGGAACCACAAAAUGCAUAUAUGAAGUAUAUAUGUUAAAUGAAAUUAUCUCUAUCAGGAAUACUGCCUCAGUUAUUGAAUUUUUUUUAAGAAUACUUUUUUUUAAAGCUGAGAAUUAUUGGGGUAAAAGGUGUUAUAUUGUGUUUGACUAUUUUCCAACUUGUAUUUUCAUAUAAUUUAUAUUUUUUAAAUGCUGAAAAUUUAAAAGCAAGAUUUAAAAAGGAAAAGCAGGUGCUUUUUAAAAAUCAGAACUGAGGUAGCUUAGAGAUGUAGCGAUGUAAGUGUUUUAUAUGUUUUUUUUU